AUGAGGAUUAUCUCCUGUCAGUCGACCCUUAUGGCUCUAGUAGUGCUCACACUCACUGUGGUGUCCUGCGCUGAAGCUAAGACUACACAAAAGCCCAAGUACCAGUACACCAAGAAGCCAGUCUCUCAGGUCACCAUGCACAACCCUGUGACCACCAGCAUGCCCAAGACCCUCAAGAUAGUGGCUAGCGCAAAUCCGGUGGAGCUAAAACCACUGCCUGCCACAGAGAGGACUACCUACCCCAAUCAAGUUUUCCCACAGUACCAUACAGAGACCACAGAGUCCCCUGGUGUUGGCCCGGAGAACUACACUCUGGAUUACAAUGAGUGUUACUUCAACUUCUGUGAGUGCUGUCCACCUGAGAGAGGCCCCCGGGGGCCAAAGGGAGACAGGGGCCUUGCAGGCCCAUCUGGUGAAAGAGGAAUUAUAGGAGUAGCUGGUUUACCUGGACCACCAGGUUUGAGUGGUCCUAUGGGGUUAAAAGGAGACAAAGGGGAUAAAGGUGAGAGAGGAAACAGUGGGACAACUGGGCCACCAGGCGGUCCAGGGAAACCAGGUCAAAAAGGUGAUGUUGGUUCAAGAGGGGAAAAAGGUGGAAUAGGGUUGCAAGGCAUCAAAGGUAAUCGUGGGGAGAAAGGAGAACCUGGCCAAAAUGGGACUGCCGGUGAGAAAGGAGAACCAGGAAAAGAGGGGCCAGUUGGACCUCCAGGAGUGGCUGUAGAGCUAGGCCCUAAGGGAGAUAAGGGGGAUAAGGGGGAGUGUGGCACAUUUGGGGAUAAAGGACAGAAAGGUGAGCGUGGAGAUUCUGGGCCUCCUGGCAUCCCAGGAGGGAUGGGAAUCCCAGGAAUAAAUGGCAGGCAUGGUUCCCCAGGUCCUGUGGGUGUACGAGGGGAUCCAGGACUUCCUGGACCACCAGGGGAACCAGGAAUGAGAGGGUCUCAGGGACCACAAGGCAUAAGAGGGAUGCUUGGGCCAAAAGGAGAUAGAGGGUACCCUGGGAUUAGAGGGGAGCGAGGCAUUCGUGGGUUCAAAGGAGCUAAGGGAUCAGGGGUCCCCCAGAAGCGCUCGGCCUUCAGUGUAGGUAUCUCUCCAAGAAAGUCUUUCCCUCCCUCUGGUUUCCCAAUCCGCUUUGACAAAGUCUUCUACAAUGAAGAAAACCACUUCAACAUCACAUCCAACAGCUUCACAUGUGUCCACGCGGGGGUUUACAUCUUCUCCUUCCACAUCACUGUGCGCAAUCAGCCACUACGAGCCACACUGGUGGUGAAUGGGUCGCGGCGGGUAAGAACACGGGAUUCUCUGUAUGGCCAAGACAUCGACCAGGCAUCUUCUCUGGUGGUGCUGCGACUGGCGGUAGGUGAUCAGGUCUGGAUGGAGACAUUCAGAGACUGGAAUGGGGCAUAUGCCAGCAGUGAGGAUGAUAGCAUCUUCUCUGGAUUUCUGCUCUACUCAGACAAAGCCUGA